AUGAGCAGUUUAAUAAUAAAGUAUGGAUUUCAAAGUAUUAAACCACACUUUUUAUAUACAAAUGACAAAGGUAAAAUGUUAUAUGAGAGUAAUCAUGUGUUUGGAGUUCAAGAACUGAAGCUAAUUGAUGGGUUAAGUGUAAUAACUGGUUCAGUUGUUAGGCAAACAAGUGUUACGUUAGAGCCUUAUAAAGUGAAACUUGAGUUAGACGGUUUAAGAAAUGUUAAAAAUGCAUCGUGUCAAUGUGCAGCUGGGGCUGGAUCUUGCUGCAAACAUAUUGCAACAAUAAUGAUUUUUAUUAAUAAUGAUGAGGGGACAUCAAAAACAAAUGAGCCACAGGUAUGGGGAAAGCCCUCAAAAUUUGGUGAAAAUUUAUAUAAGAAAGGGAAAACUAUUUCAGAACUUUUCCCACAAAAACGUUUAAAUAUUGAUGUACCUGCAAUAAAUCAUAAAAUACUCAUUCAGGACCAUAAUAUACUUUCAAUACCAUGCUCUGUAUCUAGAAAUAUUUAUGAAGAGGAACGGACUGAAAUCGAUAGAAUAUGCUCUAAAACAUUAUUUAAUAUAAUUGAUACUAUUGAUGAACAAUUAGAAAUUGAAAAAAAUGCUGUACACUUAUUUAACCUUAUUAAGAAACAAGCUCAUAAUGAGGCUUCAAAUUAUUCUAUAUUUCCAUUAAAUUGUAUUUUCAAUCUAACGCUGGACCAAUCCCAAAACAAUUUUUGGUUAGAAUACAGAAAGCUUCGCAUUUCAGCUAGUUCAAAAGCUCAUAAAAUAAAAACAUUAAAAUCUACAUCUGAUGAAAGUAAAAAUAAAUUGGCCAUAUCUUUAAUAAAUGAGAUUGAAAUUAAAGGAAAAGGAGCAUCAAAUGUUUUAUAUGGAUUGCAGACUGAAAACAAAGCAUUUACGUUGUUCUCUUCUUCAUACAAUUUUGAUAUAAUUAAAAGUGGACUAAUUAUUCAUUCCUCCAAACCUUGGAUUUGUGCUAGUCCUGAUGGUUUGAUUUUGAGAAAUGGAGAAAUUAUCUCAGUAUUAGAAAUUAAAUGUCCUAGUUCCUGUAAAAAAAAACCAAUAAUUGAUCCAAGUACUGGAAUACCAAAUCUGUUUAAGUGA